AUGAUAAGUGCAGUAGGUGUUUCAUUUAAUACAAACCAAUAAUAUAUGUAUAUUGGAGGACGCCAUUAAAGCUAAUUAUUAAUAGCGAAAAUUGAUUAUUCUUCUGGGAAUAUAUUAAUAGCAUCUUAGAUAACUUAGUCUGGAUCAUCAUAAUUGAAACAAAUUUCAGCCUUAAGUCUUUACGAUAAGGGAACUAGCGAUAUGAAUCAAUUAGCUUGCGCAAAUUAUUUGGGAAAUUCUGAAUCUGCUUCUGGAAUACUAUACUUUGACGAAAGUUCAGGGGUUAACUCACUUCUAUAUGCAUGGUAUUUUGAUUUAAGCUAAACAUCUAUCUGUCUAGAUGUUAAACUAGAAUAAACUAAAUUCUACUAUCUAAUGAAUCUACCAUAGUAGAGUAAAAAUUACUUUGGUACUAUGGAUAUCACUUCGACUAGCACUCAAAUAUCUGUAAUGUAAAUUAGAUUAUCCUCUAAGAGUGAAUCAUUCUAUCCAUCAAAGGGACUUAUCAGCUCAGAUGGUUCAUUUUAUUAUGAUGUUGGAAAUACAACCUAUAUUAACAAUAAUAAAUAUGAUAGAGACCUCGGUUAUGUAAUGAAAUAUCCAGUAAAUUCUGGAUGCCUCUAAACCACACCAAGUUCUGUUACUUUAUCUGUAACGUACUAAAGUAGUUUCAACUCAGGAAUUUUUUCUCAGGCCGUCUCUAAGACAUUACCUUCAUCUUCUGUAAGUUAUGAUUUCUAAGCAUUGAGCUCUGUCUCAGAAUAAUCCCUGACAUCGUUAAAUAUUGAAGAAUUACCAUCAACAUGCAUGAAUUCUAUAUUCAGUGGUACUAUCAGUUUUACAAACAUUCCAACUUAAGUUUAUUAUAUCAAUGACCCAUCUUUAGAAUUCAUCGUAUAAGCGUUUACAUAUAGUUAAGCAUGUAGUGAAACAUUAAUAUGGACCUAUUAAGCCACCUUAUCAAAUGGAAAUGCUCUUCCUAGCUUCAUUGGCUUUACUGUGAACAAUAAUUUACCAACAUUUACAAUUUUUACUGCUGAUAGUAGUAAAGUGAAAUCCUAUGCUAUUUUUCUAGUUGGAACACUUCAAGGUACAUAGAGUUAAAGAUAGAACAUUCAUGUUUAAAUUAAGAAAGCCAGUAAUGCUCCUGGAGGAGGAAGUGGUGGUGGUGGAGCAUCCUUAGUGGAAAAUAAUGCACCAAUUUAUCAAUCAGAUUUGGUUAAGGUGGUUCAAAUUUAUUCUGAUCAGUCUGAGACAAUAAAUUUGCCAAAUGAAUAUGAUUAGGAUGACAAUUUGAUUACAAGAUCUAUCUCUAUCUAGUUCUGGAAUAAUAUUCCAGAUUUUAUAGAAGUAUAAGAGCAUGUAAUUAAACUCCAUCCUUCAUCAAAAGAUAUCGGCAAUUAUCUAAUGACUAUUAAACUAACUGAUGAUGAUUUUUUCAAUCCAUUGAAUGGAUUAGACUGUAAAGCUCUAAAUCAUCGGGAACAAGUCUAAAUUUUUAAGUUAAUCAGAUAUAAAAGAACUUAUUAGUCGAAUUUAGAUAGACAAUUCUUAAGUGACUGA